CAAAAUUUUAUAAAAAUAUAACUUAUUAGAAACAAAUCAUUUUGAAUGUCUUUCUUAUUUUAUAGACGACAUAUUUUUUAUUUUAAAUCUUUUAGAAAAUAUAUACAUCAGAAAUCUUUCUUAUUAUUUGAAUUAAAAUCAAAAAGAAAUAAAGGAAUACAUGAGAUUGAUGAUAUAAAGGAAAUUAUAGAUACAAAAAAACUAAAUGAAAGUAUCAAUGAUGCAAUUUUAUAUUUAAAAAAAGAAUCAGAAUCUCUUAAAAUGGGCUCAUCUAAUAUUUCUUUACUUGAUAACUUAAAAAUUCCUAUUUCUAAGAAGAAAAAUGUUCUACUUAAAGAUUUGGCACACGUAUCUAUGCAAAAUAAUAAAUCUAUACUGUUAACAAUUUAUGAUAAUGAUAAUACCAAAAUAUUAGUUUCUACAAUACGAUCUUCAUCACUUGGACUUAAUCCUGUUAUUCAUCCGUCGAAUCCUCUUCAAUAUGUUAUACCUUUACCUCCACUCACAGAAGAAGGUCAAAAAAAAAAGUUAACAGAGAUAUCAAAACUUGGAGAAAAUACAGAAAUAACUAUACGAAAUAUAAGAUCAAAAGGUCUGAAACGUUUAAAAAAAGCAAAACAACAAGGUGAAUUGAGUGAAAAUGAAGUAAAACUUAAAGAAAAAGAAAUUACAAAAAUAAUUAGUAAUGCAAAUAAUGAAGUUAAAAAAAUAAUUGAAUAUACAAAAAAAAGUAUUUUAAAAAACUAAUAAUGCUUUCACAUUUUUAUUCAGGAUAAUUAUUAUAUACAAGU